AUGAGUAUAUAAUAUUAGCAUGAGAUAGAAAGUCAUAUCUUGUAGCAAUAUGAGAUCCAGAAGGUUUUAGGAGAGGGAUCGUAUGGUAAAGUAUGGAAAGCUAUCGAUCGUAGCAAUAACAAUAUAUAAGCCAUAAAAAAAAUCAAAGGUGCAUUUAGGAAUAGUGUAGAUGCAAAAAGAACUGUUAGAGAAGUGUGCUUUCUUUCUUAAUUAUCUAAUCAUUAAAGUUUUGUUUGUUUGGAUAAAGUUAUCCAAUCAAAAAAUUCGAAUGACCUCUAUUUGGUUUUUGAAUAUGUAUUUUCAGAUCUCCAUAAAGUACAAAAUCUUGAUAUCUAGGUAAUUCAAUCAAAAUAACUGAUGCCAAUUCAACAAAAUUUUAUCAUUUACUAAUUAUUAAAAGCCUUAGACUAUAUUCAUUCUGGUGGAUUAAUUCACAGAGAUUUAAAACCCUCGAACAUACUAAUAUAGAAGACUUGCCAUAUUAAGCUAGCUGACUUUGGCUUAGCUCGAACAUAUUAAGAUACCGACGAGACAAUAUGCGGUUAUACCUAAAAUGUGGCCACGAAAACAUAUCGGGCUCCAGAAAUACUCUUUAAUUCAUCAAUUUAUUCCUCCUCAGUUGAUAUGUGGAAUGUGGGCUGUAUUUUAUACGAGAUGAUUUCUGGUUAAGCCUUGUUCAAAUAGCAAUAAGAUUUUAGUUAAAUUGCCGAAAUGUUUGAAAUUCUAGGAGUACCAAAAUAUGCAGAUAUAAAAUCGUUUCAACUUAAUUAAAAAAAUUUGAAAACUCUUUAAUCGCUCACUACAGGUGUAGAAAAGAAAUAUCCAAAGUUGUAUGAAAUGAUGAGUUCAUUUGAUCCAUUAGAGAGAGAUUUUAUACGAAAAUGUCUUCAAUAUAAUCCUAAAUAAAGAAUGUCUGCUUCAGAAGCUUUAAAGCAUCCAUAUCUUAAAAAUUUAACUCCUAUAUUUGAGGCAUAAUUAGGAAGAUAAUCUCCUAUGCCACCAUCUCCUUCAGUAUAAUAAUUUUAAGCUUUAAAAAAUGAUAAUGAAUUGUAUUCAGUACAAGAAUACAAGGAUAUUGUGAAUAAGCUUAUUAAUUUUAGAAGAGGAAACAUCUACUAGUUCAAAACAGAAUAUAACAGAAGUGUCUCAACUUAUAGCAAUCAUUAAAAUAUUAUACAAACACCAUAUAAAACAGUUGCUGCUAAUAAUUUAUCACCUCAAUAGCAUCAUUCGCCAAAAUUAUGUCCAUUUCAGCUACAUACUAGAACCUAGAGUGAUUAAUUCUUCUCUAGCUAAAGUUAAUAAAUCCUUAGUGAACAUUUAGCUAACACUUUUCAAAAGCCGUUCCUUAAUAAAACAACUAAAAAAUUAUCCGAAAUUGAUUAAAAUGCUUCCAAUGUUUCAUAAAUAAAAAGAAAACAAUCGAUUUAAACAAGCAGUUCUCUUGUUUAAAGUCCACAUUAUUGA